AUGACAACACCUAUAAAACGCCGCGUGUUCUCCGAGCGCGAAGACGUGCUACUGCUGACCCAAUUCAGUGCCGAAAUGCCAUUCCUGGCCCGCCGCGGCCAGAUAAUGGAUGUAUGGGACUCUGUCGCACGCAACCUGGCCACCUUGUUUGACCGUCCUCAAUUCGACGGAGAGAAGGCGCAAGGCCGAUUCCUUAUACUCUUGCGGGACAAUCGCGACAACAAGAAUGCAUCUCGACGUGCCUCGGGCGCGCCCGAGAAUGUCACCGAAAAGACAAUCCUGUUGGAUGAUCUUUACAAACAAGUCGACAAAGCCAAUCAAAAAGAGGACCGCCGAAUGACCCAGGAAAUUGAAGAGGCCUCAAAUGUCGAAGAGAAUGGUGCAAUCGUCCGCGAAGAGGCCAUGAAAUCCCAAGGCAAGCGAAGAGCAAAGGACGAGGAUGACGAAUCGAGCGGCGGCGGCAAGAUGUUGAAGGUAUUGUCGUUGAUGAACGAAAGCAACAAGAGAGAAUUGGAGCUUCGCAGGCUCAUGCUUGAGAAGGAGAUGGAGGAUCGUACCAAGGAUCGCGCAACAAGUCCAAAUGUCACAGUCGACAUUGACUACCCUUCUGACUGCCUUGUUAACAAAUUGUAA